CUGCAACUCAUUCUCUCUCUCAUGGUAUCAAUUGCCUAAACUGAUCCUCUUCUCCUAUCGUCUCUUCCUUUCUCUUCUCCAUGGCGAGUUCAUCUUCCUCUGAUUCUCUCCUCUCCAUCAGCAGUCGUACACCUCACUGCCAACUCUGUCGUACCAACGGCCACUAUGUUAAUGCGUGUCCUCAGCUUGCUCGAUUUGCUUCCACUGUUCAUGGACCUCCCAUCCCUAACCCAGAAGCUGAUCUUACCAGAGCCUUUCAUGCUCAAUGCCACGUGACAUCAUACGGCCCCGAUUGGUAUGUCGACUCGGGUACAUCUGACCACAUGUCCUCUUCGGCAGCCUCUGUCCCCAAUCCGGCUCCCUUUACAGGUCCUCAAAAGGUGUUUUUUGGAAACGGACAGAAAGACGAAGCAGAUACUGUCAUCCAUGAUGAUCACGACCAUGUGUCUGAGCCGGAUGAAUCGGAGCCCGCUGAGCCCGCACCGAAGCCAGCUUCGCCUGUUCUGCCCACUUCAUCUCCUCAAUGGCCUCCUCCUCCGUCUCACCCGAUGAUCACCCGUAGUAAAGCUGGUAUCUUUAAACCUCGAUAUCGGGUUGAUCUUGCCAGCUCUUCCUCACAUGGCCUCACAGCGGCUCUUCGUUCCUUAAAUCGUGCUCGUGACAUUUACAAUCAAAUCAAGGAAAACAUAGAACAGAUGGGGCUUAAGAUUAGUUCAUGUGGAGAUGACAUGGUUCCACUUUGCAGAUGUCUUGUUGAUUCUUAUUUCCGGAAUGCAGCCCUGCAACAACCUGAGGGAACGUACAAAUGACAAGCUUGGUUUUAUUUGCUGGAAACAUAAAGAUUAUGGCUGGUUCGAGAUGUUGAGGAUUACAUUCUAUGGAAUAAAGUUAAUAUCUAACGGGAUUACCUGGUGCGAAGUUGAUUUCAGUCAAGGGACUAAUUUGGAUGAUUCGAAUAGUCUGCUCAAAAGUUGGAUACGACCCCUGUAAACCCUUGCACUUGAAAAUAGUGUCAUUCGAGUUGAUCUGGGAAAUGCAGUUCUAUCCGGCACAUUGGUCCCACAAAUUGGUCUCUUAAAGAAUUUUCAAUACUUGAACUAUACAAAAAUAGCAUAAGCGGCCCAAUUCCAAAUGAUCUUGGAAAUUUGACAAAUUUAGAAACUUGUAGAAAAGGAGUCGACACUGGUUGAGUUGAUGCAUCUACAAGUGGUGAAGAUUCAAGGCUUAAAGCUGCCAUGGAGAUUGCCAAAGGAGAACUUACUCACAGGUUCUUUUUAAUGUUGUACAUGUUAUGUUUUUCUAUAAUAAAUAUUAUGCAAUAUUAGCAAUGUAUUACAUUUACUUACUAUGGGAA